AUGUUCGGAAGUUCGGCAUAUACUUUGAUAUGGAUUCUGCUUUCGAUUUUCGGUAUCGCUAGGUGUGAAGUUUCGACAAACCAAAUAUCGCUGUCAAAGCGAGCGACAAUCGACCUCGUCAUCACAGCCAAUUUUCCGGAUCCAAGUAUCAUCAAGGUCAACGGCACAUGGUAUGCGUUCGCGACGCAUACUAGAGGUACCGAUAUCAAGAUCCAGGUCGCCCAGUCUACCAACUUUGAGGACUGGACGAUAGUAAAGAAUGCAGAUGGCUCGCAAUUUGAUGCUUUACCUGUACUUCCACCUUGGGUGCGAAUGGCCAACUAUUUGACAUGGGCUCCAGAUGUCAGCCAGUUGGACGAUGGUUCUUUCAUCAUGUACUACUCGGCGACUACUGCCGCUCGACCAGAUGGAUCAAAGCAUUGCGUCGGCGCUGCUAUAUCGCCAACAAUCCUGGGUCCAUAUACUGGGCUGGCUGACGCGCUGUUCUGUCCGUUGUCCAGAGGGGGUGCUAUCGAUGCCUCCGGCUUCAAGGACAGGGACGGGAAACGAUAUGUCGUGUACAAGGUCGAUGGCAACAGUAUAGGCAGAGGCGGCGCUUGCGGAAACACUGUCGCGCCCAUCGUCGGUACGCCACUGAUGCUUCAACCGGUGGCUGCUGAUGGCUAUACCUUCACUGACAACGCGGUCGCAAUUCUGGACAACGACGGUGCUCCAGAUCAGGGCAUUCUGGAAGCUCCAGUUCUGACACGUUCUCGAGCUGGUGUCUACUUCCUCUUCUUCAGCAGUGGCUGCUUUGCGACUUCAGGAUACACGGUCUCUUACGCAACGGCGACAAACCUAAAGGGACCCUACACUCGUGCAAGUAGUGCACUGUUCAGGACAGGAGACGGAAACGGACUGAAAGCUCCUGGCGGUAUGUCGGUGUGGGGCGACAAUAGACACAUGGUCCUUCAUGCAAACUAUGGAAAAGGCCGUGCCAUGUACACCACGUUGAUAACGUUGAAAGGCACAGAGGUCGUUACUAUGUAA